ACGUGGGGAUAUUCAGGAAAAGAUAGAAGUAUUGACGCUGCUUGGACGACGAGCAAAACAUGAGGAACGAUGUAAUGUGGUAAUAGUGGCGGAUGGUGAUUUGACUUUAAAAAAGGAUGGCCGUAUUCAGUCGGUUGAACGGACUGAGGAUAAGAAUGAUUGGUGGACGGGGAGACUUAAUG